AUGUUCACUCCAAGUUUCUUUCUUUCUCCCCUUUCCCUUGUCCACAAUCCGAUGAAGUCGACGAACGGCGCGAAGGGCAAGGUGGCGACGACGCAGGCGGCGGGGUCGACGUACGACAUCUACGACGGCUCAUGGGUGUCCGACCGCGCCCACCGCCCCGCCUACGACAUGUCCCUCGUGCCCCUUUCUCAAGCCUCACCCUGCAUCCCCUUCCCUCGCCCCACCUUCCCUGGCAGCACACCCUUCCCUUCACCAUCACCCGCUCUUCCUCUUUACCUCGCUCUCCCGCCCUCUCCCUCCCGCAACAGCCUAGCGGCGGCGGACAGCAAGGUGACGGCGUCGAGCACGAGCAAUGUGCGGCUGGGAGCUCACCUUCCCUUCACCGUCCGCCGCACCUCCUCUUAA